AAAAGCGGUGUUGGUAAAAACAAUAUAUCACGUGCCGUUCCCGAUAACUAAGAAGAAGCAAUUGAACUGAACUGAAAACAACGACCGGAGAGAGUAAAACCCUAAGAUGGAAUCGCACGGCGGAGGACCACUCCGUUCACGGAGUUCACAGUCCGCCUCUCCUUCUCACUCUGCCUCUGCCUCCGCCACCUCUUCCAUCCACAAACGCAAACUCGUAUCCGAAGAUCACGCGCCUCCAUUCCCUCCUUCUUCCUUAUCCGCCGACACUCGCGACGGCGCACUCACUUCCAACGACGACCUCGAAAGCAUUUCCGCCCGCGGCAAUGACUCUGAUUCCGACGACGAUUCCGAGGAUGCAGUUGUUGAUGACGACGAAGAUGAGUACGACAAUGACAACGGUUCCUCCAUGCGUAAUUUCACUGCUUCUAGGCUAAAUAACGCUCCUUCCGCUCCUCGUAACAGUAAGCUCAAAACUGAAAACUCUACUGUUAAGAUUGAACAAUCUGAUGUGGCAAAAGAUGCCGGACCUACCGUUACCGGUGCUUCUGCUGGUGGCGGUUCCGUCCCCGGCAUUGUAGUUAAGGAGGAUGCAACGAAGAUAUUCACUGAAAAUUUGCAGACUAGUGGUGCUUACAGUGCUAGGGAAGAGAGUCUUAAGAAAGAGGAAGAAACUGGAAAGCUCAAAUUUGCAUGCCUUUCGAAUGAUGGUGUCGACGAGCAUAUGGUUUGGUUGAUAGGAUUGAAGAAUAUAUUUGCUAGACAACUUCCCAAUAUGCCCAAGGAGUAUAUUGUUCGACUUGUUAUGGAUAGGAGCCAUAAGUCUGUAAUGGUUAUAAGGCGUAAUCAUGUCGUUGGAGGCAUUACAUAUCGCCCAUAUGCAAGCCAGAGGUUCGGUGAGAUAGCCUUUUGUGCAAUUACGGCUGAUGAGCAAGUAAAAGGAUAUGGUACCAGAUUGAUGAAUCACUUAAAACAGUAUGCUCGCGAUAUAGAUGGGCUGACCCAUUUUCUCACAUAUGCUGACAAUAAUGCUGUUGGCUAUUUUAUCAAACAGGGAUUUACUAAAGAGAUUCAUUUGGAGAAAGAUCGAUGGCAAGGUUACAUAAAGGAUUAUGAUGGGGGAAUUCUCAUGGAAUGUAAGAUUGAUCCAAAGCUUCCUUACACUGAUUUAUCAACUAUGAUCCGUCGUCAAAGACAGGCAAUAGAUGAAAAGAUUAGAGAACUGUCAAACUGUCACAUUGUUUAUACUGGAAUUGAUUUUCAGAAGAAAGAAGCUGGUAUUCCUAAGAAAAUUAUUGAUGACAUCCCUGGUUUGCGAGAGGCUGGAUGGACUCCUGAUCAGUGGGGUCAUUCGCGGUUCAGAACUUUAGGUGGUUCUACUGACAAUGCUACAAACCUGAAACAUUUAACCGUGCUUAUGCGCUCACUUCUAAAGUCGAUGCUUGAUCACGCUGAUGCUUGGCCAUUCAAGGAACCUGUUGAUGCACGGGAUGUUCCUGAUUAUUAUGAAAUCAUCAAAGAUCCAAUGGAUCUGAAGACAAUGAGUAAGAGGGUGGAAUCAGAACAAUAUUAUGUCACAUUUGAGAUGUUUGUUGAGGAUGUCAAAAGAAUGUUUUCGAAUGCACGUACCUAUAAUUCUCCAGAAACCAUAUAUUACAAAUGUGCUACAAGACUAGAAGCCCACUUUGAAAGCAAAGUGACAUCGUUCCUUCAGUCUGGCUCCAAAAUUCAGUAAAGACACCUAAACAGCCCAGCAUACUGUUGUAUUUUUAUAAUUAUUCCCAUACAAAUCAAUAAGUCAUGUAAAUAGUAGUUGCGACUUGAACUGUAAUUUUAUUCUGAUUCUAUUUAGUGUAGCUGCUUAUCAGACUUCUUGUGCACACUUUAUUGUGUCAGGAAAUAAUAGUUUACUAUGUUUAAAGAAAGAAAACCUGUAAUCAAGAUGCCAUCGAAAGAUUUUGUACUUCUGCCAGAAAUUAUGUAGUUUUUGUUUUGUGGAGAAGACUUGACUAUAGUGCCAUAGGCACAGUUUGACCCGUGUUUCACAGUUUUAUUUAUACAAUGUCGUUUAAAGCA